GGGACGUUAAGAUGGCGGAGGGUUGGAGCUGACUCCUGCUGCUUUCCGAAGGCUGAUCAAAGGGCACCAGCGUCAGAUGAACCUGAGAAUGAGCUUCUAGAGCUGUAAGCAGAAGGCACAGGGUCACUGAGACACAGGAACCAGCAGCAGCAUGGACAACCAUUCCCCUCACUCCUCUGGUGUUUGUCUCUGUCAUGGAUUUAAGCUCACUGUUGACAGUACAGUUCCCGGGGCCAAAAGGCUGUUGGAUUCCUCAGCACAGGUUCAGGCCCUGCAGUCAGCAAAGAAAGCCUGUGUGCUGAGUCGUGACUGUAGCACUCCAGACCCAGCAAGGGAACUGCUCUGUUCCCCAGGCCCUGCCUGCUUUCAAGGGUCCCCUUGUUUUCUGGAUGUUGCUGACCACAACAACCUUGUUGCCAGUUCUUCUACCUCAAAAUAUGAUGAUGUGGUUAUUUCUUUAGACACCAGCAGAUGUUUUGAUGGUAGUGAGCCAGAUGAUGCCUUGUUGGAACUGUCAGACGGUGAAGAAGGGAAUUCUCCUUUCAAUUUCACUGAGGAAGAGAUCCAGGAAAUCUUGGCAGAUGAUUGUGUGGAAUCUGAGCAGCACCUCACUAGAGAGACAGCUCUGAGCCAAAAUGUGGAUGGAGAGAGUGAAAACAAUGAGAGCAGCAGGAGCAAUGGGGCAGCAACCAUCAGGGAAGGUGUGAACACAGAGAACCCAAAGGAACCUCUGUCCAGAGAGUCUUCUUCAGUCAGUUCUGAAGGUUAUCCCAGCCUUCUGAGUGAAAGUGCUGGUUUGGAUGGGAACCUCCUGCAGUCAACCCAAGUAACUGACAUGUUCUUUGACCUUGACAUCCAGGAGCUUCUGAAUCUUAGCCCAGUCGAUGCUGCUGAUGUGGAUGAGCUGCUGGAGGACAACUGUUUGGAGGAGGCUGAAAAAGAAGCUUUAGGAACAGUCAGCAAUGAUAAAGCUGCUCAUAGCUGUGAUCUUGAAGCUUCCUUGGAGGAGCUGAUGUCCAAUGGCUGGCAAAGCUUGAGGAAGACGCCUGUUACCAGCAGCCCUGUACCUGACAGCUGUGGUGAUGGUGGGGGAAGAUGUGUGCCCUCUGCCGACCACAGUCCAGCUGAGGAUGGUUCAGUGCCUCUGGUGCUGAUGUGUUCCACACCAUUUUCUGUGUCUGAGAGCCAAGAACUUCCCAAAGCAUCCAAGAGCUGUUUGUCAAGGAAACUGAGCUUUCCAGAGGGUGAUGAGGGGGAUUCCGCAGAAGCUGAACAGCCAUCAAACAGCAUGGAAUCAGGUGAUAGAGCUCGAGGCCAGAUUGAGCAGGAAGAGGCAACCAGUGGGAAGGAGCCUGGCAAAGUUAUUCCUGUGCCACAGGAGGAGGAAGAAAGCCUGAAACAAUGGACAUGCACUUUAGAAGCAGAGUUUGAACCUUUAUAUCCAGAGUGUGCACAUCUAUAUGAAGAAAGCUGCAGCUCCUGCAACAGUCUCAUCCAAGAGCCAUCCACUGCAGAGGGUGAAAGGAAGGUGUUUGUAAAGAGCAGAAAUGACCCAGGGUGCAACAAGAAACCCAUCCAAAGGUACAGCCUUGCACAGAGGGUGAACAAGAACGUGGCCAAACACCAUUUCCAGAGCAUUCCUGACCACUUCCAGUGCUGCCUUGUCACAGCCUUGUCGUGUUUGAUUUUGCUGCUGAGGGACUGUGCUGAGUCUUGUUCUGCAUUUAGAGCUGUUGUUAAUGGUUCUGGUUUUGAAUGGUUUGUAUCCUGAUAAAUUGUUUUAUGAUCUGUUUUUAAUAAGGCCUAUGGAAGUUUCUAUGUGUUAGAAACAUUCGGAACUGGUUUUGAAAUGCAAUUUAAAUGUGAUCUGGUUUCUGUAGGAUUUUGGCAUCAGUGGUGUCCUUUGAAUUGAAAACAACCUCCUCAUGGAGUAAGUAACAAACAUAGUUGGUGUUCAAGGCUGUACAGU